AUGGCUUAUGAGGCUGUGGUACGGGAACUACACCCGAUACCCACUGUGGAUGAGAUUCUGUACAACUUGAAUGGGAGUACAACAUUCAGCAAACUAGACCUCAAGUGGGGCUUUCAUCAGAUUGAGUUGGAUGAACAGUCCAGGGUUAUCACCACAUUUGUGACACACGAAGGUCUUUUCAGGUACAAGCGGCUCUUGUUUGGCAUUUCGUCUGCACCAGAACUAUACCAACACAUUGUGCAGCAAGUAUUGUCAAGCUGCGAAGGAGCCUAUAAUAUUCAUGACUACAUAAUCGUACAUGGUCGCACUGUGGAGGAACAUGACGCAAGGCUACGGAAGACUCUUGACCUGCUAAAGAACAAGGGUCAACUCUGA